CACAACGUGGGCUACAAGAAGAUGGUGCUGCCCAACCUGCUGGAGCACGAGACCAUGGCCGAGGUGAAGCAGCAGGCCAGCAGCUGGGUGCCCCUGCUCAACAAGAACUGCCACAUCGGCACCCAGGUCUUCCUCUGCUCGCUCUUCGCGCCCGUCUGCCUCGACCGGCCCAUCUACCCGUGCCGCUGGCUCUGCGAGGCCGUGCGCGACUCGUGCGAGCCCGUCAUGCAGUUCUUCGGCUUCUACUGGCCCGAGAUGCUCAAGUGUGACAAGUUCCCCGAGGGCGACGUCUGCAUCGCCAUGACCCCGCCCAAUGCCACCGAAGCGUCCAAGCCCCAAGGCACAACCGUGUGUCCUCCAUGUGACAACGAACUGAAAUCUGAAGCCAUAAUUGAACAUCUCUGUGCAAGCGAGUUUGCGCUGAGGAUGAAAAUAAAAGAAGUGAAAAAAGAAAAUGGUGACAAAAAGAUUGUCCCCAAGAAGAAGAAGCCUCUGAAGCUGGGACCCAUCAAGAAGAAGGAACUGAAGAAGCUCGUCCUAUACCUGAAGAAUGGGGCUGACUGCCCCUGCCACCAGCUGGACAACCUGAGCCACCAUUUUCUCAUCAUGGGCCGGAAGGUGAAGAGCCAGUAUUUGCUGACGGCAAUCCACAAGUGGGACAAGAAAAACAAGGAAUUCAAAAACUUCAUGAAGAAAAUGAAAAAUCACGAAUGCCCCACUUUUCAGUCGGUCUUUAAGUGAUUCU